AUGACCAAUUCCAGCUACGGCUCUGGAGCUCCCCGGCAGCGCCCAAUUCAGGCGUCAGGUCUGAGCUAUAAACACCAGAAGAAGCGCCACGAGCAACAGCAGCAACUUCACGUCAAUCCAGCGGUUGCCGAAUUGCAGCGCACCCGUCAGCGGCUCCCUAUUUACGCGCACCGCAACACAAUCAUCGAGGCUGUCAAGAGCAAUCAAGUGACCAUUCUCGUGGGCGAAACGGGAAGUGGCAAGACGACGCAGAUCCCGCAGUAUAUAUGGGAAGAUGACCGGGUUCAUGUCCGAGUAGCCAUCACGCAACCACGUCGCGUGGCAGCGAUUACAGUGGCCCAACGCGUGUGCGAGGAGGCGAAUCGAGGUCCUCUGGGCGGCAGUGUUGGCUACUGCGUUCGAUUCGAUGAUACAACGUCCACGAACACACGACUCAAGUUCAUGACGGACGGGAUGUUGGUGCGAGAAGCGCUGCUCUCGCCAACGCUCGAGAGGUACUCGGUUAUCGUGCUGGACGAAGCUCAUGAACGGACGUUGCAGACGGACAUUUUGUUUGGGAUCGUGAAGCGUGCGAUGGUCAAACGCAAGGACCUCAAGGUCGUUGUCAUGUCUGCUACGCUGGACGUGGCACUAUUUCGGACCUUUUUUGAAUCCUUCAAGCCCUCGGUGCUUCAAAUUCCUGGACGGAUGUUCCAGGUCGAUGUGUUUUAUACAGCAAAGACGCAGCCGGACUACCUCGACUCAGCGUUAGUGGCUGUGUUGCAGAUCCACUUGCAGGAGAAGAUGGUGAAUGGCAGUAUCCUGGUGUUCCUGACAGGUCAGGAAGAUAUUGAGACGCUCGAGACGCUACUGGAAGAGUAUGCUCGGUCGUUACCACCUGAUGUACUGAAGCUCAUGGUGUGUCCGAUAUUUGCUGCCAUGCCGCGUGAGCAGCAGAUGAAGGUGUUUGAACCUGCACCUGAUGGAGUACGCAAGGUCAUCCUUGCCACGAAUAUUGCCGAGACUUCGAUUACAAUCAACGGUGUGCGCCAUGUCGUGGACACGGGGCUUGUGAAACAGCGCUCGUUUGUGGCGUCGAGCGGGAUGGAGAUGCUGCAGACGGAGUCAGUGUCGAAAGCACAAGCUUGGCAACGCACAGGUCGUGCAGGUCGGGAGGCGCCUGGCAUCUGCUACCGUUUGUUUCCAGAGGAGAUAUUCGAGCAGCUCCCAGAGCGAUCUAUCCCGGACAUCCAGCGUGUGAGUCUAGAGGUCGUGGUGUUGCAGCUGAAAUGCAUGGGGAUCGACGACGUCUUGGGUUUCGACUUUAUCGAGAAACCACUCAAGUCAUCGAUGAUUAAAGCGCAUGAAAAGUUGUACGCGUUGGAAGCACUUGAUAACAAGGGCAAGUUGACCACGCGCGGCCGACAGAUGGCUGGUUUGCCCGUGGAGCCCAUGUAUGCGGUAAUGCUGUUGAAGGCGACCGAGUUGGGAUGUGCGGAAGAAGCGUUGAGUGUCGUGGCCAUGCUCUCUGUCGAGUCCAUCUUCUACUCUCCUCGUGACAAGAAAGCCGAAGCAGCGCAGUCCCGUGCACGGUUCAUUGCGCACGAAGGCGACCAGAUCACGUUGCUCAAUGUCUUUAAUGGGUACAUCCAGUGUGGACCAAAGCAGCGCACCAAGUGGUGUCGGGACCACUACAUGAAUCACCGCGCUAUGACUCGUGUGGAGAGCGUUCGACUGCAGCUGAAGACGUACCUGGAGAAGCUCGAGCUGCCGAUUGACUCGAGUUUUCCGGACGUUGACCCGUUGCGCAAGAGUAUCGUCGCGGGUUUUUUCCUGAACACAGCCAUGCGGUCUGUCGCCGAGGGUUUAAGUGGUUCCAAGACUGCGUACAAGACAAUCUGUGGCCCGUCCGAUAUUGUCAAGGUGCAUCCUUCGUCGUCGUUAUUCAUGCGCAAUCCACCGCCCAAGUGCGUCGUCUACAAUGAACUGGUGUUUACGAGCAAGCACUACAUUCGAUCCGUGCUCGUGAUUGAGAAAGAGUGGCUCGUGGAAUUAGCUCCUACGUUUUUUGCCAAGAAAAAUAGCGCGACAUCGUGA